AUGCCUUUAAUUUUCAAACCAAAAGCUGAAGCUUACGACGUUUUACCACCAAAAAUUGCUCCAAACUCAUUCUUAGGUGAUUUCAUUUCAAGUGAUGUUCCAGAAAAAGAAGAUCAAAUGACUGCUGGUUUCUACAAAGUUAUUCCAGGUGAACCAUUAGUUUACACAUAUACUUAUGAUGAAUUCAAAAUUGUUUUAGAAGUUGAAGGUAAAUUCAUUGUUACUGAUGAAGAAGGUACCACUGUCUACCCAAAACCAGGUGAUUUCUUAUACUUCAAAAAAGGUGCCACCAUUACUUUCACUGUUGAAGGUGAUGAAAACGCUUACAGUUACAACUACUACGUUGGUAAAAAACAUUUCGGUCAAAUCUAA